AUGGCUUAACUUAAUAAAAGGAAGUAAUCUAAAUCUUUGGAUGAUAGUGAAGGUGAAGUAGUAUAAGGUAGGUGGGUUAAGGAAGAACAUCAGAGAUUUGUUGAAGCAUUGAGUUUACAUGGAAAGAAUUGGAAGAAAGUAGAAGAAUAUGUUGGUACAAGAAGUGGAGCAUAAAUAAGGUCUCAUGCUCAGAAAUUUUUCAAUCGUUUGGAGAAAGAAUUUCACAAACAAAUUAAUGGACUGAAGAGUUCCGAGAUUAAAGAAAUCUUUGUGAAUAAGAUGUUCCAUUAAUAUUCUGAAGAUGAAUAAAUGUAAAUAAAAUAGAAGAAUAACUCUAUUAUGGAUGUAUCCGAAGAUGAAAUCCAAUUAAACGCAGAGUCUAUGUAGGCGGAGUCUAAUCAACAAUAAUAAUAAAUCAAAGCCCAAUUGCAAUAGGGUAUCCUAGACCUCAAUUUGCCUGAAUAACAAAUAUAUAAUCCCACUAAGGAAUAAGUCACAUUAUAUUGGUAAUAAUAAUUGAAAAUACAAAAAAAACUCUAAGAUGUAUCAGAUAUGUCUCAAAUACCAGAUGAACUUCUGAAAGAAAUAUGCAAUCUACAUAAGGAAAAGGGAUAGAUCAUGGCUCUCCAAUAGAUUCAAAAUGCUUAUAAGUCUAUUUCAGAAAUUGAACAAAUUGAUCAAAAUGAUGAAUAAUAAAUACAACAGUAAUCAAUGCAGCAAGAAAAAAAUAACCCUACAAAUUCUGAUCACAAAUUAAGUGAAGAAUCAAGACCAGGAAAUGACGAGUCCUUCUUUCAUUUUAUCAUGGUAAAAAUUUCAAAGUAUUUAAACAACAGAAAAUUGAGUUUAUCUGAUUUAAUAAAUGUACCAAAAUCGGAAAAAGAAGCCUAAAAAGAUUCUCAUCCCUAAAUACCUGAUGUAUAGUAAGAGGCAGAAGGAUAAAAAAGUAGAAAAUAAUCAUUUACUUUUUAUAACGAUUUAGAUGAAGAAAAUGAAGUUCGAUAUUUGAAUCUUAAGAAAACUAAAAAAGAUUGA